GCCCGGAGGCGUGGCCCUGGCCGCGGGCAGACAGGAGCCGCAUGGUCGUGGCCCUCAGACGCGGGCUGCACGGUGUAUGGAUGGUCUUGUGAGGCGGGAGGCCCCCAUGUUUUUGCUCUGCAGAGUCUCGGCCUGGAUGAGACCGGGAGCCUGGCCCAGCUGCUGCAUGUGCGCCUCAGAGGCAGUGCUUGGAUAUGACCGCUCGGAGUGCGUUCGUUCAUUCAUUCGUUUGCUGCCUGCACCAGCAAGACGGCUGACCAUCACAGGUCCAAAUGCAAUUGGAGGUAGAGGCCGUGGUGGCAUUGUGCUACGGCGUGGACUCUCGGAUAGUGGAGGAGGACCCCCAGCCAAACAGCGGGACUUUGAAGGUGCAUUGAGCAGGCUGAGUGGGGACCGUCGGCCGAGGAGAGAGUCACGCCAGGAAAGCGACGCUGAGGAGGAGGAUGAUAAAAAACCAGCGUUGCAGUCCUCAGUGGUUGCUACCUCCAAGGAACGUACACGCCGAGAUCUUAUACAAGAUCAGAACAUGGACGAAAAAGGAAAGCAGAGAAAUCGGCGUAUAUUUGGCCUGUUGAUGGGUACCCUUCAGAAGUUUAAGCAAGAAUCAAAUGUUGCUACAGAAAGACUAAAGAGACGGCAAGAAAUUGAGCAGAAGCUUGAAGUGCAGGCAGAGGAAGAGAAGAAACAGGUGGAAAAUGAGCGUCGAGAACUAUUUGAGGAAAGACGUGCCAAACAAACAGAGCUGCGACUAUUGGAGCAGAAGGUUGAGCUGGCACACUUGCAAGAAGAGUGGAAUGAACACAAUGUCAAAAUUAUCAAAUAUAUAAGGACUAAAACAAGACCCCAUCUGUUUUACAUACCUGGCAGAAUGUCCCCACCAACUCAAAAGUUGUUAGAGGAUUCGCAGAAAAAGAUGAAUGCUAUAUUUGAAAGUAGGCGCAUUGAAUUUGCAGAACAAUUAAAUAAAAUGGAAGCAAGGCCUAGGCGCCAUUCCAUGAAAGAGAAAGAUCAAGAAAGGAAGCACGAGGAUGACGAUGAAGAACAGAAGGAGGAUCGAGAAGAUGGUAAGGUGGCUCGGCAUGAGAGAGAGGAGGAGACAGGUAACCUGCGUAAUGACAUAGAGAUGGAGGACACCUUUGAGGAAGAGAAAGAUGUAAGUGUUAGUUUAACAGACAUAGAAAUGGCGCAGGAGAGUAGACUUAUAGAAGAUGUUGAGGACUCUAAAGCUGAGGAAAAGAUUGAGGAAGAGGGUAGAGUAGAGGUGGAGGUGCCCCAGGUUAGUAAGUGGGAAGAUCAGGAAGCUGAGGUUGAUGAGGCGGUAAAGGAAGAGGAGGAGAGGAAAGAUGGUGUAGAUGAGGAUCAACAGCAGGCAGUGGAUACCAGCCAGCCAAGUGUCUUGGAAUUGGCAGAUGACAUUAACAAUAGUAAGGAAGUGGAGAGAGAGGAGAAAACUGAUGAUCAACCUGAAAAUAAGCUUGAUGAGACAGAUCAAAAAAGUGAACCAGACCCUGACCUAGAAACUGAAACUACAGAAAGACAAGAAAAGGAACGACUGACGGAACUGAUGUUCCAUCCACCAACUAAUUAUGAGCCUCAGACAAGGCUGGAAACACACUACCGUGUGGAAGAGCAGCCGGUGAUAGAGAAACAGGAGACUGUAGUAGUAGCUGUAAAUACGACUGAGACCCAAAUAGAGCAGGUCCAUAUCUCCUCAGGACUGCAAGUUAAAAAGAGCAGUAGAGGAAGAAAUAAGAACAAAGCGGGCAAGAGCCGAAGUCGUAGUAGCAGCAGUAGUUCUAGUAGCAGCUCCAGCAGUAGUGGAAGUAGUUCUAGCAGCAGCAGUAGUCACAGCAGUUCAAGCAGUAGCAGCAGCAGUGGAAGCAGUAGCAGAGAUAGCAGUUCAAGCAGUAGUAGCAGCAGUGCAAGUCGAAGCCGGAGUAGAGGUAGAGGGCAUGUCCGUGACGAAAAACGCAGGAGAAGUGUGGAGCGAAAGCGCAGAGAUGCGUCUGGCGUAGAAAGGAGUCACAAGUCUUCAAAAGUCAGUAGCAGAGACUCCAAAGGAUCCAAGGACAAAGGAUCAUCGAGGUCUGACCGGAAGAGAACCACUUCGGAAGGCAGCCGGUCUGGCAAAAGACCAUCACGAAGCGAAAGAGACCGUAAAUCAGACAGGAAAGAUAAAAGGCGUUGACAAAUGAAUGGUCUGUGGACUGUAGAUGAACAUGGUGCUGCCUUAACAAUAGUGUGGUACUAAUUGUUUUGGAAAGCACAAUUUUCUCUUUUAUAUAUAUUUUUUUUUUUUCUGUUUUUCUUCAUUUUGCAUAAUUUUCAUAUUUUGUGAUUAAACAGAUGUAAGCGCAAAGAUCUUCAAAUAAAACUGUUAAGGAUUUUUCCCUUAUCUUCGCCUCAUUUAUUUGCUAGCCUGGGCUUUAAUAUAACCACACCAUAUCUGUUUAUUAGAUUUUAUUGAUCUAAGCAAAAUUGAGACCCCAUUAGAUACCCCAUAUUCAUAUUUUUAUUUUUUAACUACGGAGUGAAGGCUAGUCUUUUAUUGGAUUCAGUUUCAGAAACUGUAGUAUUUCAUCCUUGUCAUCAUGGAAUACAGUUUUUAAUUUCCUAAAGAUUACUCCCACACUUACUAUUUUAAGGGUCAACAUAAAGAAAUGCUAUUAAUGUUGAGCACUUACUUUGUCCUGAUUAGAGAACUCUCCGCGUCCCGCUAUCUGAACUCACGGUUGCUGCGUCUGGUUUGAGCAGCAUCUCAGGGUGACAAUGUACUUACUAAUAGACAAAUUAAAGUUAUAUGUACAGAUCUUGUUUUUAUCCAGUACAGUCUGUUUGGAAUAUGGUAAAUUAGUCUCUAAUACUUGGCAUUGCCAAAAUAUUUUGCCACCAUUGUAUGUUUUAAAAUUUUGUAAGACUGGUUACAACUGUUGAGCUGUGAUGUGCAAAUAAAUGAUUUUUGACUAGCA